AUGUCCAUCGGCGUCGGAGAGGUACUGACAGCGCUCGAGCUGGUCAAAAGCGCAAUCGAAAUCUACAAGGAAAUCGCAAAGGCACCUGAGGAAAUCAAACAGCUGAACAAGGAGCUGGUGGAGCUCAUAAAGCCGCUCGAGAGUUUGCUGUCCCACUUCCAGGCCCACGCCGGAAGCAGGAGCGAUGCGGCGCUAAAGAGCGUGACGGAUCGGGACCGGCAGGACCUUGCCGACGCCAUCCACGCGUCGCUGCGGGACUGCGGCGAGAUCAAGGGCAUCUUUGCCGAUUUUGCGGCGAAGCGGCUGGGAAAGGUCGGGGACGUCCCCCUCGUCACCAAGUUUGGCUUCGUCGCCAGCGCCUACUACAAGUUUGGCGACGGCGCCGAUACGGUCAAGGCGCUCAUCCUCAGGAUCAGGGAGCGGCAGAUCGCCAUACACACUUAUCUGCAGGUCAUCCAGGUUAAGCUGCUCGAUGAGGCCAACAAGAACAUCAAGAGCCUCGGCGACAAGAUCGACCAGCUGAGGAGGGAUGCAGAGAAGAAGAACGCUGCCGACAAGGCCAUGACGAUUGAUAUGAUUAAUCAGUUCAAAAUACUCCUGGCUCAGGAGCUGGCUGAGGCUAGAAAGGCAGAAACUGGAAAGGACAAUAGCCAACCAGUACCGCAUUUCAACCAAAAAGACACUAUCAAAGUAGACAAGCCGCCAGUGAGAUCCAAAACCCCCGAGCCUCUAGACAAGACCAAGCUUCUUCCACCCGAAAUAAGUAAAAAGCACAAGCGGAGGCUAAGCGCGCCGUCGGCCCCGGCCAAGCCGCGAACACCAUCACCCAAGCCGAACGACAAGAACUACUCGGUCUUGUUUGUCGACCCAAACAACGUUGGCCGCAGCCUCGUGUCCCAGGGGAUUCUUCUACUCAUCGAUGCCUGGCUGCGCGAAAAGGCCGGCAAGCAGUACACGAACCGCAUCAAAAAGGUCUCCUCGGCAGGCUUCUUUGUCAAGCGCGGCGGGGAUUGCCACGAAGAGAUUGAAGGACUCAGCUAUGCCCACCCGUCGUACAAGUUCGACCUCACCGACAGCCUCAAGGAAAAGAACACGGCCGCACUGCGCGCGCUCUUUGACGGGAAUGCGGCAAAUACCCAGGGUGCAGAGUGGAGAUACGGCGGAGGGGCGAGGGAAAAGUACGAAAAGAUGUUUGCGGACAUGAGCCCCACGGGAAUAAAGCGGUCGCACUUCAAGGACUACGACUACAUCUUGUGCUUCACGAAUCGUGAGUACAGCAAUCUACACCGGCUGCGGUCCGCAAUUGUGGCAAAGGACGGCAGUGACGCCUCUCCCAACGGCAAGGGGAAGAUCCUGCACCUUGGCAGGUGGCUUCCAAAAGAUGAGAAGGGGGUUUCGCCGAGUAUAUAUGCGGUACCUCCGAAUGAUACCGGAGAGGAUGAACUUGUUUGGAAUGCCAAGAUUGAUGAGAUCAAGAGAGCUAUUGACGGGUUUUUGCACAAGAGACUACACUAUACAUACCCUGAAAAGCCUGCGGUGGCACAAGGCUAA